AUGACUUUUCUGGCUCACACUGCUCACUGGCAGUUCCUGGGCCUGGUUUCCGGGUUCCUGGCGUGGAUCCUAAUCAUGACCACAGUCGGCCUCAACGAGUGGCGGCUGUGGCACGUGGCCGACGUGUCCGUCAUCACCUCGGGUGUGGCGUGGGUGGGGAUCUGGAGGGCGUGUUUCUACAGCCACGCCCUCCCCAGCAUGGAGAACUGUCAGAGCAUCAGCGUCUCGGCCCCCUUCGCUCCUGCGGAGAUCCCCGCGGCUCAGGUGCUGAUGGUGCUGGCGAUGAUCUGCGGCCUGGUGGGGAACAUCACCGCUGUGGUGGCCAUGAGGAUGGUGUACUUCUCUUUAGAGGAUCGGAGGAACGUCAGGCUGGUCUUCGUGCUGGCAGGGAUGCUGUAUGUGCUGACGGCGACGCUCUGCGUGGUGCCGCUGGCGUGGAACCUGAACUCUGUGCUGAACAACAGAACCAUUGACUUCCCUCCUGAGUUCCAGCUCCCUGCAGCUCCGCUCAGGCAGCAGGUCGGCUCGGCCAUCGGGGUUGGCCUCGCCGCCACCAUAUUGAUGCUCGUAAGCGGGCUGAUUUUUCUCAGCUACCGCUACGUCUGGGAGACCCUGAGCGCAGAGGCCCCCAGAGCCUCCAGGGUCCCGCUCCAUGGUCCCUGGACUGAAACGACCCCGGCACAGAGGUCUGAAUUACCAAAUGGAGACAACCAGGGCCGAGAUAAUCCUGCAUUUCACUAUGGAGAGGUCUCGUGAUGGAGAAACAUCAGGAACAUUUAAACAAUGGAUGGAUUACUGAACAGGCCAACCAGGCACAGGUCCAGGGGCCCAAAGUUGGCCUCCAUCAGCAAGAUAGCAAUGAAAUUACUGUAAUACUUACGGACCAGAAAGAUACUCUAAAGGACCACAAAGAGAUGCAAAACAACAACAAUAAAAAGAAGAAAAACCACAUCCUCUGUGUCUAUCUCCUAUGUAGAAGUGGUGGUGGGGCCUUUUGCAUAUCUGUGUCCAGGGGCCGUUGUCUCAUAAUACACCCAUGAUUUAACUAACUAAAAAAUACUUGGAUUUUCAUUUUUUUCUUUC